GGGGGAAGACAGGGAGACGGAGACGGUUCGGCUCUCGUGCACGCAGAGACCAAACCGCGGAGGCCUUUGGACCGGAUCCACUUCUUUUCCUUCCGCAAAUCACUUUAAUUCGAACUCCAGCGCCGUUUCUCGGUUCCGGUGAAGGGAAAAGUCGUGCGCUCGCGCCGUGUCAGGACUGUCACGCGCCGGGACGGGAAACUUUACCUCGUUACUCCUUAAAUUUCAGCUGGACCUUUCUGCUGUCACCUUCAUGCUCGGACUGUCUUCUCCUCCUAUUUCUUAUUAUUCUCAUGUUGGUAAACAAAACACAUCUGAGAAGUGUGUGUGAGUGUGUGAGAGUGUGUUUGGUGUGUAAACUGAUGGCGCGGCUCCGUUAACGGACCGUCUGCAGCGGACAUUUCAACAGUUACGAACAAACCCGAUCGCACGCAGAUACUUUAGAAGUGUGACUUGGUGUUCGCGCGCGUGAGUUGGACUGGUAUGGAAGCUCGGUUCGGUUUAGGAGGAGGUUUUGAUCCUCCGUUCCGAACGCUCCGUCCGCAUGACGCGCGAGAUGUCGGAGCGGCGGGAGAAGUUGUACCGCUGGCGGAGAUCUGGGACGGAGAGUGGAGAGACGCGCGCGGGAUUAGCAGCACCGGCGGAGGAGGAGGAAGAGGAGGAGGAGGAGGAGGAACAGCGCGCUGUGUUACGGCGGCGCUCGCGCGGGACGUUAGAGAGACCUCGAGUUGCACGGAGGCCCGCGCCGCCACCACGCUGAGCGAGCUGCUCUGCCCGGACACCGAGUACAACAGCAGCGACAGUCACAGCGCCGCUCUGAGAGCACGCGGCAGCGCGUACGAGCUGACAGCCGGCUGUGGUGACACGAGCGCCGUCCCGAGCUGCUGCUGCUGUUCCGGUAGCACGAGCACGACUACCACUACCACGACCAUCUCGGAGACGGCGCGCGAGCUGUGCAAAGCCGUGUCCGUGUCCCUGGGGCUGGCCAUGGACCCGCACGCGCACCAGGACGGGAACAGGAGCUUGGACUUUUUUGAAGUGCGCCGGAGGAAGGAGGAGGAAGAGCUGCACGCGACAAGCGACGACAGGAGCAGAAGGAGCAGCAGCAACGGCGCGAGCGCAGUUGGAGGUGAAGGUGGCGUCGCAGCGGGACGUGAGGGAAGCGCGCCGCACGUGCACGGCGACAACAACAACAACAAGCUGCUCGAGAUGUUCAAAAGCGGGGGCGAGGAGGAUAUGAUGAUGAUGACGAUACAGAUGGACCAAGCUCGCGCGCAGCACCAUACAGCAGCGAUAGCGGAAGAUUCGGGGUUCGGACCGGGCGUCACGAGCCUGAUGAGUUCCAAAAGCGCGAGCGCGGCGGCGGGUUCGUCGUCUUCCUCUUCGUCCUGCCAAUAUCAACAACAACGACAACAACACGACCCGCAGGUAAACUUCGAGCUCGCGCCGCCCGUGCAGGUACCGCACGACAGGUACGGUGACGAUUACUACUACUACUGGCCGAGCUACAGCAACGUGCGCGUGAAGUCCGAGGCUAUGCCGCCGCCGCCGUUGACUCGCUACUGUCACGGCGCUGCGCAGUACGGGAAUCCCGCGUGCACCUCCUCCUCCGCCGGACUGGACGCACCGCUCAUCUGCAGCCCGUACGAGUACGACUACGGCGCGCGGUCCGGACCGGGACCGGCUCUCAGCGCCGCGCACGAGCCCUGGUACCACCACCAGAGCGGCGCCGUGUUACCCCGCGUGUCCUACCCAACUGCCACGUGCAUGAAGAACGAAGACGGGGAAUGGCUGGAUGUGAGCACGAUGCAGGACGGGAGGUUGGAGAGUGCGAGGGAGGUGUUCCCCAUGGAGUUUUUCUUCCCUCCGCAGCGCACCUGCCUGAUCUGCUCUGAUGAAGCUUCCGGUUGCCAUUACGGCGCUCUGACCUGCGGCAGCUGCAAAGUGUUUUUCAAAAGAGCGGCUGAAGGGAAGCAGAAGUAUCUGUGUGCGAGCAGGAACGACUGCACCAUCGAUAAGCUGAGGAGGAAGAACUGUCCCUCAUGUCGUCUGAAGAAGUGCUUUGAGGCAGGAAUGACUCUCGGAGCUCGUAAACUGAAGAAGAUCGGUCAGCAGAAGGUUCCUGAAGAGGAGAGCCUGGUCUCAUGCAUGCCAUCCGGUUCUGGUACGGCCGAGCUGAUCCGGAAUCCAUCGCCCAAAACGAGUCUGACGUUCCACUCACAGCUGGUCUUCCUCAGUGUCCUGGAGUCCAUUGAGCCUGAAGUGGUGAACGCCGGGCAUGACCACGCCCAGCCCGACUCCGCUGCAGCGCUCCUGACCAGCCUUAACGAGCUUGGAGAGAGGCAACUGGUUAAGGUGGUGAAAUGGGCCAAAGGACUGCCAGGAUUCCGUAACCUGCACGUGGACGAUCAGAUGACGAUGAUCCAGCACGCCUGGAUGGCCGUGAUGGUCUUCGCUCUCGGAUGGAGAUCGUACAAAAACGUCAACGCUCGCAUGCUCUACUUCGCUCCUGACCUGGUCUUCAAUGAUCGGAGGAUGCACAUCUCCAGUAUGUAUGAACACUGUAUGCAGAUGAAGCACUUGUCGCAGGAGUUUGUUUUGCUGCAGGUCACACAGGAGGAGUUUCUCUGCAUGAAGGCCCUCCUCCUCUUCAGCAUCAUUCCUGUGGAGGGAUUGAAGAGUCAGAAGUACUUUGAUGAGUUGAGGUUGUCGUACAUCAACGAACUCGAUCGUCUGAUUAAUUACGGCAGGAAGAGUAACUGUGCACAGCGCUUCUACCAACUGACUAGACUGAUGGAUUCACUGCAGCCGAUUAUCCGGAAGCUUCACCAGUUCACCUUUGACCUUUUCGUUCAGGCUCAGUCUCUGCCCACGAAGGUCAGCUUCCCGGAGAUGAUCGCUGAAAUCAUCUCAGUGCAGGUACCAAAGAUCCUUGCCGGCCUGGCCAAGCCCAUCCUGUUCCACAAGACUGUGACUCCGCCCUCUCCAGCACCCAGGCUGGCCACGCCCACUCAGCCAGACCUGGCCUGAUCCGAUCUGAUCCAGUCUGAACCGGUUUCUCCAGCUUCAUGCUUUUUUUUUGUUGUUGUUGUUAAGUUCCAGCAUGGAGACUUAAACAUCUUCAUUUUUACUCUCUCUCUCUCUCUCUCUCUCUCUCUCUCUCUCUCUCUCUCUCUCUGUCCUUUCUUCGUUCUUCUUCAGAAAGUGUCUGUAAAAUCUGUGGAGGACCAUUACAUCAUUACGCCGGUCUAUCUUCUGCUCAAAGAUAAUUUCAGAUCAUUUUCUCACGCCGGCGGUGUUGUGUCUUUCUCUCUCGCUCUCUCGCUCGCUCACUCUCUCCCUCUCUUUCUCUAUCUCUUCCUCUCUCUCUCUCUCGAUCUUUUUUCUCCAGCAUUUAUUCCUGAAGAGUCUGAAGAGCUACGCUGUGUUACCUGAUGGACAGGUUUAUAAAAAAAAGAAAAAAAAAAGAAGAAGAAGAAGAAGAAGAAGAAGAAGGAGAGACAAAAGCCUUGUAGUUUGAUCUGAGCCCUGAAAAAGACAACGUGUGCACUAGAAAGUUUCCCUGAGAAAAGCACUGGUCUGUUUACUUCACAUACGACUCUAUGCAUUUGGGGGAAAAAAUAAAAUAAAUAAACAUUAAAAAAAAAAAAUAUAUAUAUAUAUAUACAUAUAUAUAUAUAUAUAUAUAUAAAGGUCUAAAAUAUAAACUGCCAUACGCUCGCACCUUUAAACAACAAGCUGAAUAACGCUCGCACCGCUGCUUUCCUUCGCCAGUUAAUAACCAACCAAAACGACGACAAUCGAAAUGUCCUCACGAUCCGUGCCUCGAUCUUCUUUCUCUCUCCGACACCACGAUCAUAGCGUCAGGAACCUGUUCACCAUCACACACUCAAACCUUCUCAAACUGAAGAACCCUGAAUCACACCUGACGUUCCCUUCAGCACAAAUGCACACGGCGGUAGAACCACAUACAUCAGCGUUCUCCUGUCAGGACCUAGAACUCACUCAGAACCACUGAAGAACCCUCCCUCCUUGGAGUGUAUACAAUUUAGAACGUUCUUUGGUCGUCCCGCCGGAGGAACCCCUACACACACUCUUAGAAGGGCUCACUGAAUAAUUACGGGUUCUUAAUUCCGAAAAUUGAUCCUACUUGCAAACCCGUUCUGAUGGGGUUCCACGGAGAACCUUAGAAAAGGGUUCUCUACGGGGACUUUAAGAGUUCAUUGGAUUGUUAAAUGUUCCUAGCUUCUUAAAAAAGGUUCUUUAAGGGUUCUUUGAAUAACUGAGGGGUCUCAACUUCCAAAAACUAAUUCUACUCGGAAUCCCUUCUGAUAAAGUUCUCCAGAGAACCAUAGAAGAAGGGUUCCCAAUCUUGAAAAAGGGUUCUUUAAGAGUUCAUUUGAUAGCUUCUUUAAAAAAAAACAAAACAUAAGGGAUCUAAUAGUUCUAAAAGGGAACCCCUGUUGUAGGGUUCUAGACAGAAACAUGUAACUUUUCAUCUAAAGGGACGACCAAAGAACAUUCUUCAGGGGUUCUUUAGGAGCUCACUGGAUAAUCAAGGGAUUUCAGUGUUCUAACAGGGUUCUACUUUCUGAUGGGGAAACGGUUCUUUGUCGCAAGGUUGUACAAAGACGCUUUUAAACUGAAGUUUUUAGCUUUUAAAAAAAAAAAAAGAAUGUAAAUAGAACCCUUGCUGAUAGGGAACACUGUUGUAGGGUUCUACAUAGAACCUUUAGGGGUUCCUGUUCUAGAGGGACAACCAAAGAACCUUUAAGAGUUCCAGAUGUUCUCCUAUCAGUGUGCAUUUGAUGUAAAAGGAAACAUUGUGUACAUUUAGGGUUCUGUUUGUUUGCUAGUAACAGUUCCUUCAAGGUCAGGGUGAGGGGGCGGAGUUGGUGUAGUGGGUGUGGGUUUUUAUGUCUCUUAGCUCCGCCCCCUGUUAGGAGUCUGUGAUGAUGAAAGUGAACUGAUCUUUUUUCAUUUUUACCGAGGAAGUGUGUGUGUGUGUGUGUGUGUGUGUGUGAAUAAAAACAGUGAUUUUGCCUUUGACUUGACUAUCACACACACACACACACACACACACACACACACACACACACACGUAUAGUUUUGACUCAUUGCUGCUUCUGAAAACAAAAAAAAAGAAAAGAAAUAAAACUCUGUGCAUGGUGACUUUAACACUUCCACCUGAAUGUUUUUAUUUUAUUAUAAACUUUAUGUUCUCUCUCUCUCUCUCUCUCUCUCUCUCUCUCUCUCUCUCUCUCUCUCUCUUUAAAAUUUUGUAACGAGAAACACACACACACACACACACACACACACACACACACACACACACACACACACACAAGCUUUUGCACUUGGAUGUAAAUCUUCCAGUUCACCGCUUCAGCCUUUAGCGCAGCGCUGGUGUGAGACACGACACGGUCAUCUCUUCACGAGCAAUAAUUCAUGGCUACAACACACACACACACACACACACACACACACACACACACACACACUUUAACACAGAUUUGUCUCCCUGCAGUAAACACAGCUAGCUAAAGACGUAGCUGGGAGUUGGCUAAUCUAACUAGCAUGUUAACUAAUCCCUGCUAGCUGACACGUAGACACUGACACACUUCCUGUUGAGUCACGCUGUCUUUCUCUUUUUUUUCUUCUUUCUCUUCUCUACCACCUCUCUUGCCUCUUUCCUCCUCUCCUCUCUCUACUUUCUUGCUCUCCUGCUCUCCCUUCUUCUUCCUUUCUUUGAUAGCAUCGCCUCCUAUUCUCGCGCUUCCUUCCUUUCCCACUUUACUUCCUAACGUCGCUCCUUUUCUUUCCAUCCCUUUCCUUUCUUCUUCCCUUCUCCUCCUCCUUUUCCCUUUCUUUUCCACAGACCUCCCUUUUCCAUUCGUCCAUCCGUCCCUGUAAAGCUUCUCUCCUCUUCAUUCUUAUUCUUUCUCUCCUUUCUUUGACUUCAUUUCACUUCCUCUCCACCUUUCUUCACCUUCCUCUCCCCAUUCCUUUCUUUCGUAACCUGUUCUUGCCCUCUCUUUUAUUUCUUCCUCCUUUCUUAACUUAAACUCCCCUUCUCGUUAUCUUCCCUCCUUUUUCCUCCUCCUCCCCACUCUCGUUCACUCUCGUUCACUCUCGUUCGCCCCGUCACUGUCUUUCUUUUUCCUUCUGUUUUAUACAAUCCUUCCCUUUCCAUCCUUCCUUCACCACGUUUCCUCCUUUGUUUCUUCCUCUUACACCCUUAUGGGCCGUCUCCUUCUUCUUUCCUUCUUUCUCAUUUCUGUUUCACCCUCUGAUUUUUCCUCUCUCUCUCUCUCUCUCUCUCUCUCUCUCUCUCUCUCUCUCUCUCUCUCUCUGUGUGAGCCACACCCGUGCUUUCUCCUUCUCUUCACUGUAGCCACAGGCGUGAGCUUCAUGCGUUUAAUUAAGUCACCUCAGCUGCGUGUGUCAGGAGGCAGAAGUCUGCAGAUUUUUCUCCGAGACUGAAAGAUCUCCCCGCUGCGUUGGUGCUGUAUGUAGAUUGUGUCUUAAGGAGCUCGGGAGCAUCGUAUCUGUCGCUCUCGCCGGCGCCGGCCGGGCUUCGGGCUCCUCCGAGGAGGGCGGGGUUUUUAUUUCCCCUGCACUUUUCUCUUUUCUGUCGAGGCGAACGCGCCGUGAGGAGAAAACGAGGCUGUCAGGGACGAGACAGCGCAAAAAAUACACUCGCACAGGUGUUUACCGCGAAAGCGCUCAUUAUAAUCCCAAACUCGGAGGAACAAAGUACUCCUCGCACACACACUCUCUCUCUCUCUCUCUCUCUCACACACACUCUUACUCUCACACUCUCUCUCUCACUCACACACACUCUCACUCACACUCUCUCUCUCUCACACUCUCUCACUCACUCACACUCUCUCUCUCUCACACUCUCUCUCUCUCAUACACACACACACACACACACACACACACACACACUCUUACAACCACAGCCGAGCACCAAAUCAUGAAUCGAUAAAUGCUAGAUCAUAAUGAAUCACAAGAACUCACAUACAUCAAGGAGAUUUUCCUAUUGAGCAUGAUGAGCCCUUUAGCAUUCAGCCUGUUACACACACACACACACACACACACACACACACACACACACACACAUUUAGAACAACUCCUGGCUCAUUAAGUCAUGAACUUGCCGACGCUGUGAUGGUGAUUAAUGACGAUUGCGCACAUGGAGGGCUGUUUCAUAUUUGAUCGCAGCAUGAAGAUCGUUUUGUUCUGCGUUUUUUAAUAUAAAUAUAAUCUAUACACGAUUAAUGUGCUGCUAGUGGCAUGUCGCUAAAAACACGUCAGUUCCGUGGUUUAUAACGCACCUUUGGAAUGCAGUCUUUUCUGAAACACUUCACCGACGGCUGAUGUGAAACGCCGCUUUUGUAUUUUUACUAUUCGAGUUCGUCGAAGCCUUAAAGGUGCAGUUUGUAGUUUUUCACCUCGUGACCUUUUAACACGGAUUCCGUUUUUAUGGCCACGCAGAAAAAUGACGCGAUGCGCACAUCUAAAUUCAACGCCGCAUCCAUCUGAUGCCAAUUUCUGAGUUUUGUAGUUUCCUUAUUUUUAUUAUUUUUUAAGGACUUCGGCCGGAGACGAGCUAUUAACUAUUAGCUCCGCCCACCACAGAUCAAAGCCACACACUCGAAAAGAGAACUCCACCUUUUUUUUACGUUUUUACCUAGGUCACAGUCAUUUUACGAAUCGGAAGAAUGCGUCGUUCCGAAUUUACGUAAAGACUCAUUUCACAGAAUUUCACAGAAUUCAAGCAAAACAUUUACGCGGAAUCAGAAUUUACUCACAAUCUCAACCGUACGAAAAAAUCGGCGUUUACACGAAAUCGAAAUUUACUCAAGAGUUGAAUUCUGUGCAAAAUCUGAAUCAAGGUCAUUUUCGUCAGCGAGAACCCCGUGAGAGAACCCCGUGAGAGAACCCCGUGAGAGAACCCCGUGAGAGUUCUCGCUGGAUACGGCUACGAAUCGCACUACGUCUUUACGAUGUUCAGGAAAUGAUCGCCAUCGUCAAUUUUUCUUCCUCAACUACAGAAUCCAAUGAGGAUGAGGAUUCUGUGGUAACAUUUGGAGAGGCGGGGCUACGGGUGUAGAAGGCGAAUGGGGCGGGGACUAAGUAGUCGGCUUCGUUGAACUGAGGGGGGCGGAGCUGAGAAUAUAUAUUUUUUUAUUUAAGGCGACGAACUGUUAAAACUGCAUGUACAUUUGUAAUGAGUGAACUGAAGGUUUGUGAACACUGAACAUUCGUAAAAAAAAAAAAAAUGUAAACGUAAAAAAAAUAAAAAAUAAAAUUUUUUUUUAAAAAUCGUUACCGUGAUGGAAUUUUAAAAUGAUUUAUCGUGUUUACGAUCGUUUAUGUUGGGAUUUUUCUUUGACAGGAAAUGAAAAUUAGCCAAAUGACGUCUUGAGUUCUUGUUAACGUUUUUAAAAUUACAAACUGCUCCUUCAAGAUAAAGCUACUUCUCAGAUUUAAACUGAUUCAGCCGUCGCAUUCGAGCUAAACAACAUAGACACACUGUAAUCGAAACUUUUGAGCUUUUUGUCUUUUAUGAAGUGCUUAUACAGUGCUUGGGAAGUGCUUAUGUAGCUAUUGAAGUGCUUAUGUAACGUCCAAGAAGUGCUGAUGUAGUGCCUAUGUACCGCCUAUGUAGUGCCUAUGUAGUGCUUAUGUAGUGAUUGCGUAGUGCCUAUGGAGUGCUUAUGUAGUGAAAAACGCUCUGCUUUUGUACUUUUGCUACUUGAUUCAAUGCCUUAAGAUGAAGUUGUUGUUUUUUUUGUUUGUUUUUUUUACGUUAGUCGACUUUAAGCUAGCGAGUCUGCACCUGGCACUGACCUCUUUGCGACCUCUGACCUCGUAUCUUUGCGGUUAGUGGGUCGGAGUCGGGCCAAGCACCGAAGGUUUGUUAGUUUUUGAAUGUUUUCAUCUUGUAGCAUGCACACUUCAUUUAAUGCAAGCCAAAGUUAAAAUCAGUCAAGAAAUAAAGCAAUAAGUUAAAAAAAAUGAACAAAAAAAACACAAAAAACUUUUUGAACGUAGAUUAGAACAUGUUUCAAACCGUUCCGCUCGACGGAUAAGUCGAAUACUAGGCUCCUGGAACGUACACCGAUAAACAAAUCACAUCGACCGACGUCUCCGUCGACGAUUAAGCGUCUUUUUUAAAUUCUUUUAAGAGGUUUUGUUUUUUUUGGGGGGGGGGUGAAACCGCCGUCCUUGACGCGACGCGACAAAACGAAUUGAAGAUGUUCCUCGAUAAAUCAGCCGAUUUUUUUAUUUGUUUUUAAUACUAUUGUGCGAGUUGUGGUUUUAACCGGUGUCGAAGAAAUCCAUGUAAAAAAGGGAAACGAAUAUUGAAGCAUUGAAAAGCCAUGUAUGUGUGCAUGUAUUGUGUGUUUCUGUGUCGAUCGUAUGUAAACUGUACACGUAACCCAUCCUGCUAUUGGCUGUUCAGAGUAUUCGUACAAGUUUUCCUCAGCUUUCUAAAAAAAACAAAAAAAAAACAUGAAUAAAAAAAUGUUCCUUUGUUUCUCCGUUUGGAA